UGCUCUCGCGCCUUCUUCGGAGGUAGGUAAGGCAUCGCAGUCGUCGUCGGAUGAAGCAAACUCGAACGACCCGUCGACGAGCGGCCCGGAUCACGCCAUCGACAGUCAUCUUUAUACCCGUCGCAUUCGGAAGCACAUCUUGUUCUCCACCACAUCCCCUCUCUCGAAUUUGAAUCCCCCUUGCUGCUGAAGUCGGCAGCAGAAACCAUACUCUAGGAUGGCACCGACAAUAGAUUUGCGCAGGGUGCGCGAUCUCCCUACCCCGGAGCCCGAGUCGCCGCUGGGGCCCCGGAAGCCAUACAAGUUCUCGACGAUGUGCGCGACAGUAGAAAACCCUGAGGCGAAGGAUCAGUACGGCAGCAGCUCCGUACCCAUCUACCAGACUGCGACGUUCAAGGGCGUUGGGGGGCAGUACGACUACACUCGCAGCGGUAACCCGACGAGGAGUCAUCUUGAGCACCAUCUUGCGAAAAUCUCGUCCGCACAACAUGCGUUCGCCGUGUCGUCGGGCAUGGCAGCGCUGGACGUCAUUUUGCGCCUGCUAAAGCCCGGAGACGAGGUCAUCGCCGGCGACGAUUUGUACGGGGGCACCAACCGUCUCCUCACCUUCAUCAAGACGCACGUCGGCGUCACCGUCCACCAUGUCGACACCACGAACGCAGAGAACGUCCGCCCGCACAUCCACCCCACGAAGACCGCGCUCGUCCUGCUCGAAUCCCCCACCAACCCCUUGAUCAAGAUCGUGGACCUUGCGACUGUCACCCGCGACGUCAAAGAGAAGGCUCCUGGCGCCAUCGUCGUCGUGGACAACACCAUGAUGAGCCCGUACCUCCAGCGCCCCCUCGAGCACGGCGCAGACAUCGUCUACGACAGCGCCACCAAGUACCUUUCCGGCCACCACGACCUCAUGGCCGGCGUCAUUACCUGCAACCGCGAGGACAUUGCCAAGAAAAUGGCGUUCACGAUCAAUUCUGUGGGGAACGCCCUCUCUCCCAUUGACUCCUUCCUGCUCCUCCGUGGGGUGAAGACUUUGGCUAUUCGCAUGGAUCGCAUGCAAGCCACCGCUGGCGUUGUCGCCAACUACCUCCAUGGCCUCGGCUUCAAGGUCAACUACCCCGGCCUGCCUAACCACCCGAACAGGGAGGUUCACGAGCGCCUGUCCGACGGUAACGGCGCCGUGCUCAGCUUUGAGACUGGCAGCAAGGAGCUUAGCGAGCGCAUCGUCGGUGGGACCCGGCUGUGGGGCAUUUCCGUCAGCUUCGGAUGUGUGAACAGCUUGAUCAGUAUGCCCUGUGUGAUGUCGCAUGCAUCUAUCGAUGCGAAGACGCGCAAGGAGCGUGGGCUUCCGGAAGACCUCAUCCGCCUUUGCGUCGGUAUCGAGGACGCCUCUGACCUGCUCGAUGACCUAGAGCACGCGCUCUACGAUGCCGGUGCCAUAUCCCUCAAUGCGGCUCAGAACAAGUUUGUUCGCACACCGCUGCCCGACUCGCCGGAAGCAGAGGCAGAGGCUGAGAAGCUUGCUGACGAGGACGAGGAGACCGAAUGGUUUGUCAGCUCGCCCGGUAAGGUCAUCUUGUUCGGCGAACACGCAGUCGUGCAUGGCGUGACUGCUAUCGCGGCAUCAGUCGACCUCCGGUGCUAUGGUCUCUGCUCACCUCGCCACGACGGCAAGGUCUCGGUGCACUUACACGACAUCGACAACUUUGCCGGCGCAUGGGACAUCAAGUCCCUUCCUUGGGAUGUUGUCACUCCCGUCGGUCUGGGAGAGCAACCUCCCGAGACCCUGAACUUCAAGCUCAUCGAGGCGCUCUACAAUGGCCCGCUCAAGUCUUUGGCCGCCGACCGCUACCGCCACGCCAAGGCCGCCAGCGUCGCCUUCCUCUACAUCUACAUGACCCUCGCCGGCCGCCGCCGCCCCUCCUUCAAUUUCUCUGCCCGUGCUACCCUCCCCGUCGGGGCCGGCCUUGGCUCCUCCGCUUCCUUCUCCGCCUGCGCUGCCACCGCGCUUCUCCUGCUCCACCGCCGCAUCAGCAUCCCGCCCCCGCCUGCCCCGUCUUCCGCAGAGACGGGCCACGUGCACAUCUCGCAUGAGGGCCGUCGCGCUAUCACCCCGGACGUCGCCAGCGAGGUGAACCGCUGGGCCUUCGUUGCAGAGAAGAUCCUGCACGGCAACCCGUCUGGCGUCGACAACUCGGUCGCCGUUUUCGGUGGCGCGCUCGCGUACACGCGCGGCCUGAAUGGCCGCCCCGCGGGCAUGGUCCCGAUCCAGGGCUUCCGUCGACUCAAGUUCUUGCUCACCAACUCGCGCGUGCCGCGGGACACGAAGAAGCUCGUGGCGGGCGUCGGGGAACUGAAGCAGCGCGAGCCAGAGAUGGUGGGCAGGGUGCUGAAGUCGAUACAGCAUAUCGUGGAUGAGGCGCAACGGGCCCUGACGGAUGCUGAGCUGCCUCGAGAGGCGCUGUUGCACGCCCUGGCGGCGUGGAUCAACGAGAACCACUCGUACCUUGUGUCGUUGGGCGUGUCGCACCCGACGUUGGAGAAUAUCAGGGCGAAGACGGCGAGCGCUCCGUACGGGUUGAGCACCAAGUUGACGGGUGCCGGCGGCGGUGGCUGCGCGGUCACUCUUGUCCCUGAUGACUUCAGCGACGAAAACCUAGCUGCAUUGUGCCAGGACCUCGUUGACGCCGCUUUCGAGCCCUACUCGACCUCCGUCGGUGGCAGCGGCCUCGGCAUCCUGUCCCCUUACGCCCACCACCGCAACUUCGAAGCUGAGGCAAGGCAGAACUCUGGCGUUGUUACGCCCCCAGUCACUCCAGGUCCUGAACUUGGCAGCCCCAAGGCGGUUGAGGAGACUCAACCGCUCCCGCCGCUGCGCCAAUCCUUCGAGCGUACCUCGCUUGCCGAGCUGGGAGAGUGGGCCGAGGGUCUUGGGCGCUGGUUGUACGUAUAAAUGUACGCGCCUCUAACUUGGUGGAUAUAAGGAAAGUAGUCACAGUUCUUGACGUGCUUAUCUAUCUUAGAUGUACAGUAUAUUCAACAGUAUUCCUUGCGGAUCCAGUCCAACCUGGAUCGACAUUAUAACAAUUGGGGAAAUAGUCUUUGUGCCGG